UUUUCUCACAAGGCUAUAGUUCAAUAUUCCAUUCGGGGGCACAUAUCCUGUCUCGAAUUCCGACGGGGCUCCUCGACGCCAAGGCACUCCAACUGCUGCAAGCCCUUACUGUGGAGUGCACACCGUGAUUUGGUCUGGAUCCAGGUCCAGGUCCUGCUGCUCAGUCUGGGUCCGUAAAGUGAAGAGUCACGGAGUGAGCAUUAGCACAGGAGGGACUCAGUUGGAGGUAUAGCCGACCGAUGGGAUCUGGGAAGCUGACUCAGGUUCUGCUGGGAUGGGUGGUGAUGUGCCUCGGGGCGGUUCAGGUGGCUUGCAGUCAAACUGGGAAUGGCCCAUACCAAGCUAGCCGCUUCACCGGCACCGUGGACCAGAGGGAGGUGCAGCGGGUUCGACGCCGCGGCCAAGAGACCUUGAGAGGACCCAAUGUGUGCGGCUCUCGCUUCCAUUCAUAUUGCUGUCCAGGCUGGAAGACUCUGCCGGGAGGAAACCAGUGCAUUGUUCCGAUUUGCAGGAAUUCUUGUGGUGAUGGCUUCUGUUCCAGACCCAACAUGUGCACCUGCUCGAAUGGCCAGCUUUCCCCGAGCUGUGGAGCAGGAGUUCAGUCCUGUAAUGUCAGGUGUAUGAACGGAGGCAGCUGCGCCGAGGACUCCUGCUUGUGCACAAAAGGAUACACCGGCAACCACUGUGGACAACCUGUGUGUGAGAAUGGCUGCCAGAACGGUGGGCGCUGCAUCGGGCCCAACAGAUGUGCCUGUGUCUACGGUUUCACUGGCCCGCAGUGCGAGAGAGACUACAGGACCGGGCCAUGUUUCACCCAGGUGAACAACCAGAUGUGUCAGGGCCAGCUCAGUGGAAUCGUCUGCACCAAAACACUGUGCUGCGCUACCAUUGGCCGAGCGUGGGGCCACCCCUGCGAGCAGUGUCCUGCCCAGCCCCACCCCUGCAGACGAGGCUUCAUACCCAACAUCCGCACUGGAGCCUGCCAAGAUGUGGACGAGUGCCAGGCAGUGCCAGGGCUGUGCUCUGGGGGCAACUGCAUCAAUACUGUCGGCUCUUAUGAAUGUAAAUGCCCUGCUGGCCACCGUCAGAGCGAAACCACCCACAAAUGUGAAGACAUCGACGAAUGCAGCACCGUUCCCGGUGUGUGUGACGGAGGAGAAUGCACCAACACCGCCGGCAGCUACGUCUGCACCUGCCCACGAGGCUACAUCUCCAGCACAGAUGGCUCCAGAUGUGUGGAUCAGCGUGCGGGAACCUGUUUCUCUGCUCUGGCAAACGGUCGCUGUGCUGCAGAUCUGACUGGCCAGUACACCAAGAUGCAGUGCUGCUGUGAGACCGGACGAUGCUGGGCUUUAGGGCAGAUCCCUGAGAUGUGCCCCGUCAGAGGCUCUGAUGAGUUCAGGCGUCUGUGUAUUGUGGGCGUUCCUCAAGUACACGGUUUCUCUCAACACCACAAUGGACACUACCCCUAUGGAUUCAAGUUCCCCAAUGGCAACGGUAAUGGAGGGAUCGGCAACGGAGGAGGGACGUUUGGAAACAACGGAGGAGGAACGUUUGGGAACAACGGAGGAACGUUUGGGAACAACGGAGGAACCGUCCAGCACAUAAGCACCGUUACUGUGAAUGAAACGGUGGACGUGUGCAAACACUUUACCAACCUGUGUCUGAACGGACGGUGCAUCCCCACGCCUACAAGCUACCGCUGCGAGUGCAACAUGGGCUACAAACAGGAUGUUCGUGGGGAGUGCAUUGAUGUGGAUGAAUGUGUGAGUAAUCCAUGUGUCAAUGGAGACUGUGUCAACACAGAUGGAUCAUACCACUGCAAGUGCCACGAGGGGUAUCAGGGAACCCCCACAAAACAGGCCUGCAUUGAUAUCGAUGAGUGCAUUGUGAAUGGAGUGAUGUGUCGCAAUGGCCGCUGCGUCAACACUGAAGGAAGCUUUCAGUGCAUCUGUAAUGCUGGCUUUGAGCUCACCCCUGAUGGAAAGAACUGCAUUGAUCACGACGAAUGUGCCACCACCAACAUGUGUCUGAACGGCAUGUGCAUCAACGAGGACGGCAGCUUUAAGUGCAUCUGCAAGCCUGGCUUUGCACUUGCACCCAGCGGGCGCUACUGCACCGAUAUCGAUGAGUGUCAGACACCUGGCAUUUGCAUGAACGGCCGCUGCAUCAACUCUGAGGGCUCCUUCCGCUGCGAGUGCCCACCGGGCCUGGCUGUCGAUGUGGAUGGUCGAGUGUGUGUGGACACACACAUGCGGACCACCUGCUACGGCGCUAUCAAGAUGGGCACGUGCUCGCGCCCGUUCCCAGGUGCAGUGACCAAGUCGGAGUGCUGCUGUGCCAAUCCAGAACAUGGCUUUGGGGAGCCUUGCCAACCUUGCCCCGCCAGAAACUCCGCUGAGUUCCAGGCCGUGUGCAGCAGUGGCAUUGGCAUCACAGCUGAUGGCAGGGAUAUCAAUGAGUGCGCCUUGGACCCGGAUAUCUGCCAGAACGGCAUUUGCGAGAACCUCAGGGGAAGCUACCGUUGCAUCUGCAACGCUGGCUACGAGUCUGACACCAGUGGCAAGAACUGCGUUGACAUCAACGAGUGUCUGGUGAACCGUCUGCUCUGUGACAACGGCCAGUGCAGAAACACUCCUGGCUCCUACACAUGCUUCUGUCCUAAAGGGUUUGUUUUCAAGCCUGAGUCAGAGACCUGUGAAGAUAUCAAUGAGUGUGAGUCCAGCCCGUGCAUCAAUGGCGCAUGUCGUAACGUGGCUGGGUCUUUCCACUGCGAGUGCACCCACGGCAGCAAGCUGGACUCCACCAACACCAUCUGCGUGGAUAGCAUGAAGAGUACUUGCUGGCUUACGAUUCAGGACAACCGCUGUGAAGUCAACAUCAACGGAGCCACGCUGAAGUCAGAGUGUUGCUCCACGCUGGGAGCUGCGUGGGGCAGCCCGUGUGAACCCUGCGAGAUCGACACUGCUUGUUCCCGAGGAUUUGCUCGUAUGAAGGGCCUCGUCUGUGAAGACAUUAACGAGUGCGAGGUGUUCCCCGGAGUAUGCAAAAAUGGCCGCUGUGUGAACACCCAGGGCUCGUUCCGCUGCGAGUGCGCCGAAGGUCUCACCUUGGACAGCUCUGGGCGCACCUGCGUGGACAUGCGCAGUGAGCAGUGCUACCUGAAGUGGCAUGAGGAUGAGUGUGGCGAGCCGGUGCCUGGGAGAUACCGUCUGGACAUGUGCUGCUGUUCAGUGGGUGCUGCCUGGGGUGUUGACUGUGAGGAGUGUCCCAAACUAGGCUCACCUGAGUACAGAGCCAUCUGUCCCCGAGGACAUGGCUUUGCCAACAGAGGAGAUAUCCUGACGGGCAGGCCCUUCUACAAAGAUGUGAACGAGUGUAAGGUUUUCCGUGGUCUGUGCACCUACGGCACCUGCAGAAAUACCAUCGGCAGCUUCAGGUGUCGGUGCAACAACGGAUUCGCUCUCACCUCCGACGAGAGGAACUGCACAGAUAUCGACGAGUGCCGAAUCUCUCCCGACCUGUGCGGUCACGGUACAUGUGUCAACACGCCCGGCAGCUUUGAGUGUGAAUGCUUUGAGGGCUAUGAGAGUGGCUUCAUGAUGAUGAAGAACUGCAUGGACAUUGAUGAGUGUGAGAGAAACCCACUGCUGUGUCAAGGAGGAACCUGCCUGAACACAGAAGGGAGCUACGAGUGUGAAUGUCCCCCUGGACACGCGCUCAGCAUCGAUGGAUCGGCCUGUGAAGAUGUGAAUGAGUGCCAGCUGAGUGACAACUUGUGCAAGAAUGGCCAGUGCGUCAACAUGAUGGGAACUUACCAGUGCUCCUGUGACACCGGUUACCAGGCCACACCGGACCGACAGGGCUGCGUUGAUAUCGAUGAGUGCACCAUCAUGAACGGAGGCUGUGAGACCCACUGUACCAACUCAGAGGGCAGCUACGAGUGCAGCUGCAGUGAGGGAUAUGCACUUAUGCCUGACCUCAGGACCUGUGCAGAUAUCGAUGAGUGUGAGGAGACUCCAGACAUCUGCGACGGAGGCCAGUGCAGCAACAUUCCUGGAGACUAUCGCUGCUUGUGUUUCGAUGGAUUCAUGGCCUCCAUGGACAUGAGGACCUGUAUCGAUGUGAACGAGUGCGAUCUGAACCCAAACAUCUGUCUCCAUGGUGACUGUGAGAACACCAAAGGCUCCUUCAUCUGCCACUGUCAGAUGGGAUACUUUGUCAAAAAGGGAUCGACGGGCUGCACAGAUGUUGACGAGUGUGAAAUUGGAUCCCAUAACUGUGACAUGCACGCCGCCUGCGUCAACCUUCCCGGAAGCUUCAAAUGCCGCUGCCGAGACGGCUGGGUGGGAGAUGGCAUCAAAUGCGUGGAUGAAGACGAAUGUGCUGCAGAGGACCACAACUGCAACCCCAACGCAGACUGUGUCAACACGCCGGGAUCCUACAGGUGUACCUGCAAAGAGGGCUUCAACGGAGAUGGCUUUUCAUGCUCCGACAUGGACGAGUGUGCAGACAAUGUGAACCUGUGUGAGAACGGCCAGUGUCUGAACGCCCCGGGAGGCUAUCGCUGCGAGUGCGAGAUGGGCUUCACUCCUACAGAAGAUAGCAAGGCCUGCCAAGACAUCGAUGAGUGUAACUUCCAGAACAUCUGCGUGUUUGGAACGUGCCAGAACCUUCCAGGGAUGUUCCGCUGCGUGUGUGAUGAUGGCUACGAACUGGACCGCAGUGGAGGAAACUGCACUGACAUCAACGAGUGUGCGGACCCUGUUAACUGCAUCAAUGGACUCUGCGUGAACACACCAGGAAGCUACCUGUGCAACUGUCCACCUGACUUUGAGCUAAACCCCACAGGAGUGGGCUGCGUGGACACCCGUGUUGGGAACUGCUUCCUGGAUGUCCUCGCCCGCGGCGAUGGAGGAAUCUCCUGCAGCGCAGAGAUCGGAGUGGGUGUGACCCGAGCUUCCUGCUGUUGCUCAGAAGGGGUCGCCUGGGGAAACCCCUGUGAACUGUGCCCCCUGCUCAACUCCACCGACUAUAAGACUCUGUGUCCGGGAGGAGAAGGUUUCAGACCCAACCCCAUCACUGUCAUCCUGGAGGAUAUUGACGAGUGCCAGGAGCUUCCAGGCCUCUGCCAGGGUGGAAACUGUGUCAACACAUUUGGCAGUUUCCAGUGUGAGUGUCCACCGGGGUACUACCUCAAUGAAGAGACUCGCAUCUGUGAAGAUAUCGAUGAGUGCACGACUCACACUGGGAUCUGCGGGCCCGGCACCUGCUACAACACUCUGGGCAACUACACUUGUGUGUGUCCACCUGAGUACAUGCAGGUCAAUGGAGGAAACAACUGCAUGGACAUGAGAAAGAGUGUGUGCUACCGCAACUUCAACGACACGUGUGAAAACGAGCUGUCCUUCAACAUGACCAAGAAGAUGUGCUGCUGUGCCUACAACGUGGGAAAAGCUUGGAACAAGCCGUGUGAAGCCUGUCCAACUCCUGCCACCACUGAAUACCAGCUGCUGUGUGGUAACCAGGCUCCUGGCUUCAUUAUUGACAUCCAUACUGGCAAACCAAUUGAUAUUGACGAGUGCAGGGAGAUUCCUGGCAUCUGCGCCCAUGGAGUGUGCAUCAACCAGAUUGGGAGCUUCCGCUGUGAAUGUCCGAUGGGCUUCAGCUACAACAACAUACUACUGAUCUGUGAAGAUAUCGAUGAGUGUAACAGCGGGGACAACCUGUGCCAGCGCAACGCCAACUGCAUCAACAUUCCCGGCAGCUACCGCUGCGAGUGCUCGCAAGGCUUCAAACUGUCUCCCAGCGGGGCCUGCUUGGACCGUAACGAGUGCCAGGAGAUCCCCAACGUGUGCAGCCACGGCGAGUGUAUCGACACGCAGGGCAGUUACCGCUGCAUCUGCCACAACGGCUUUAAGGCCACUGCUGACCAAACCAUGUGCAUGGACAUCGAUGAGUGUGAACGGCAGCCGUGCGGUAACGGUACCUGUAAAAACACCGUGGGAUCCUACAACUGUCUCUGCUUCCCCGGCUUUGAGCUCACUCACAACAACGACUGCAUGGAUAUAGACGAGUGCAGCGCUCUCCAGGGCCAAGUUUGCAGGAAUGGACAGUGUAUCAACGGACUGGGCUCCUUCCAGUGUCUGUGCCAUGAAGGUUAUGAGAACACGCCCGAUGGGAAGAACUGUGUUGAUAUCAAUGAGUGUGUGAGUCUGCCCGGCACCUGCUCUCCAGGAACCUGUCAGAAUCUGGACGGAUCCUUCAGAUGUAUCUGUCCUCCUGGCUACGAGGUGCAAAAUGACCAGUGUAUAGAUAUCGAUGAGUGUGUGGAUCUCAGCCUCUGCCAGUUUGGGACCUGCACCAACACCCCGGGCAGCUUCCAGUGCUCGUGCCAGCCGGGCUUCGUGCUCUCUGACAACAAACGACGCUGCUACGAUACCAGAGAGAGCUUCUGUUUCACCAAAUUCGAGGCAGGCAAGUGCUCCGUCCCCAAAGCCUUCAACACCACCAAGGCCAAGUGCUGUUGCAGCAAGAUGCCCGGAGAGGGCUGGGGACUGCCCUGCGAGCUGUGCCCACGAGAAACCGACGCUGCCUUUAACACUCUGUGUCCCUACGGCCACGGAGCCCUGCCUGGACUGGGUGAUGCUCGCGAAGAUUUGAACGAGUGCCUGGAUAACCCGGGCAUCUGCCAGAACGGCAUCUGCAUCAACACAGACGGGUCUUUCCGCUGCGAAUGCCCCUUUGGAUACAACCUGGAUUACACUGGCGUUAACUGCAUCGACACUGAUGAGUGCUCGAUAGGAAACCCCUGUGGAAAUGGAACCUGCACCAAUGUGGUGGGAGGAUUCGAGUGUUCGUGCGAGGAGGGUUUUGAACCAGGACCCAUGAUGACCUGUGAAGACAUCAACGAGUGCUCCCAGAACCCCCUGCUCUGCGCCUUCCGCUGCGUGAACACAUUUGGCUCCUACGAGUGCAUGUGUCCCGCUGGCUACGUGCUGCGAGACGACCAGCGCAUGUGCAGAGACCAGGACGAGUGCUCAGAGGGACUGGACGACUGUGACUCCAAAGGCAUGACCUGCAAGAACCUCAUCGGCACCUUCAUGUGCAUCUGCCCGCCUGGCAUGCAGCGCCGACCGGACGGAGAGGGAUGUAUGGACCUGAACGAGUGCCGCACCAAGCCCGGCAUCUGCAAGAACGGCCGCUGUGUCAACACAGUGGGAAGCUACCGCUGCGAGUGCAACGACGGCUUUGAGCCGAGCUCCACUGGGACCGAGUGUAUCGACAACAGAAAGGGCUUCUGUUUCACAGAGGUCCUGCAGACCAUGUGCCAGCAGUCUUCAACCAACAGGAACAGCGUGACCAAGUCUGAGUGCUGCUGCAACGCAGGUCGGGGCUGGGGGUCACAGUGCGAGCUUUGCCCGCUGCCUGGCACCAUACAGUACAAGAAGAUGUGCCCACUCGGUCCUGGCUACACCACUGAUGGCAGAGACAUCAACGAGUGCCAGGUGAUGCCGGAUCUGUGUCGUAACGGCCAGUGCAUCAACACCAUCGGAUCCUUCCGCUGUCACUGUAACGUGGGAUACAAAGCCGACUUCACAGCAACCUCCUGUGUCGAUAUGGACGAGUGCGCCCUGUCCCCGAAGCCCUGUAACUUCCUGUGUAAAAACACAGAAGGCAGCUACCUGUGCUCCUGCCCCAGAGGAUACAGCCUGCAGCCUGAUGGGAAGACCUGCAAAGAUCUGGACGAGUGCGCGACCAAGCAGCACAACUGCCAGUUCCUCUGUGUCAACACCAUUGGGGGCUUCACCUGUAAGUGCCCCGCUGGCUUCUCUCAGCACCAGACUGCCUGCAUUGACAACAACGAGUGCACCGCUCAGAACAGCGUGUGCGGUUCCCGGGCCUCUUGUGUCAACACGCCUGGUAGCUUCAACUGUGAAUGCUCCAAAGGUUUCUCCUUGGACACAACGGGCUUUGAGUGUGAAGAUGUGGAUGAAUGUAGCAGCAACCACCGCUGUCAGCAUGGCUGCCAGAACAUGCUGGGAGGUUACCGCUGUGGCUGUCCUCAGGGCUACGUCCAGCACUACCAGUGGAACCAGUGUGUGGAUGAGAACGAGUGUCAGGGAGCGUCGGUUUGCGGCUCGGCCUCCUGCUACAACACGCUGGGCAGCUACAAGUGUGUGUGUCCCUCUGGCUUUGACUUUGAUCAGGGUGUCGGUGGCUGCCAAGAUGUGAAUGAGUGCACCACGUCCACAAACCCCUGCAUCUAUGGCUGCUCCAAUACUGAUGGAGGCUACCUGUGUGGCUGUCCUGGAGGUUUCUACAGAGCAGGACAGGGUCACUGCAUAACCGGCUCAGGUUUCCCAGGCCAGUACGCAGAGGGUGAGGAUGAAGACAGCCUGUCUCCCGAGGCCUGCUACGAAUGUAAGAUCAACGGAGGAGGAAAGACUGGACGACACAAGCGUGAUGCUGAUGAAAAUGAGCUCAGUCAGGAAGCAGCAGUCAGCAUGGCCAGUGUGGACACGCAGGCCUCCAUCCCUAUUAACAUCUCUCUGCCCUCCUUGCUCAACAAGGAGCCUCUACUCGAGCUUCUGCCCGCCCUGCAGCCCCUGGAGCACCACGUCCGUUAUGUCAUAACCCACGGCAACGCCGACGAACAUUUCCGCCUGCUGGAACGCCGCGACGGAAAGAGCGUGCUCCGACUCGGCAAGAAGCCGCCUCCACCUGGAUCUUACCGGCUGGAGAUUGCCAGCCUUCGGCUGUUUGGGCCCCGAAAACUGCACCAACUAGAAAAGCAGCAUGACAUUGACUACCUACAAGGGGAAAUAGGUGACGCCCUGCGCAUCAAGCUCCACAUCCACCUGCACUGAGCUCAGAGUGCCAUCCUGCUCUGGACUGAUCUCUAAAGCCUUUUAACCUUUUAUCCAGUAACUCCUACACAGAGUCCCCCUACAGGGCCACCUCACCAACAGGGGGAAAUCAAGGGCUACAAAAAACUGAGUCAGCUCUACCACCACCUUGUUAAUGUUCAAAUUAUUCUGUGUUCUUGUUUUGUGUUUUUGUUCUUUUUGUUUUCCCCUCCACUCCUACCCGACCCAGCGCUCGCUCUCCACCUGGAGAACCAGCGGAGGAGACGCAGAGAGGUGUCUUUGUGCUUGGACCGCGGCCACCUCCACCCAAACAAGACAAAAGCAGACAGGAGGCUCACGAGUCCACGAAGCACUUUUGUAGAUGAGACACAAACAACAAAGCUUUAAUUAGAAGUGAAGUGCUGAGAACUGUGUUAAGAUGAGUAUUUAAAUCACAGGCAGCAUCUACAGACGUCUUUGUGUUUAGUAGCAUCGAGAAAAAUAGAGUUUAAGGUUCAAGAUAAGCGUGCCACUAUGGUCUAAGAACAAGCUCACUUCUCUGUGAUCUUGGGCCCCUCACGUAUCCUAGUAAGUCAUUUAUUGUAUUUGUGCUGUUCAGAAACACAAAGGACUGCAUCGCAUACACAGCAUUUCAGGUUGAUUCGCUCUCUGUUUGAUAUCCGGAUGCCAACGAGUCUUUUUAGAAAACAGCAAGUUCUCCUCUGAUGUUGGUCCUGCGUGUUUGCGUGUGUGUUGUCACGUUCGGUUACCUCAGUACUUCUCAACACCAUGCUGUGAUGCUAACUUUAAAACAAAAGAGGGUGCUAAUGUCCCUCAGCAUCCAUCGUGAGCAGGGAAUACAGCAGCGAGUAGCUCGGAGACUUUAAAGAAGAUAGAUCAGGUCAGAUCAGGUAUUUAAGCUUUCAGUGAUUUUGACUUCACUGAUUCAGGACCUGUGAGCCUUCAUGUAAUCAACAGUCUUCCUACCAGUGUUGGCUGUCGGAGCCUUGUAGCUUCUUUACUACAGGCACACAUUUAAUGACAUUAAGCUGACUUUAUCUGCCUUCUUUGGCUUUACCGUGAGCUCGGUGUCUGAGGACUGAGCCGUAUUUACAUGCACUGCAGCCCUGAGGACACAGACGUCCAUUUCACUUGAACUCGAGAGCAUCUGUUGAAUUCUCGCCUUCUUGCACGCUCCUCACAGACGGCACCGUCCAAAGCAAACGGAGUAUCUCCAGAAGCCAGAACCAUCUCCUGCCGUGUGGGAUGUCGUACCAACCCCAUUCUCCCGACACUUCCCAGAAUUCAUGUGUGAAAACAGCUGAAGGGACACACACACGUGAAUGCAGUAGCAGCCUCAAAGGUACAUGACAUGUUAAGCUGUAACUAACAGCAGUGCUUUACAGAGUAAGGGCUUGCACAUUAGAACGCAAAACCUCACAAAAACAAGAAUAUGCUUCAGGUCAUACAUCCUUUGUCAUGAUUUUUUUCCUCCUGAGGGGAAAAAGGUGCUACAUGAUACCAAACGCUGUAGAAGAAGCGCAGUCUCUUUUUUUUUUUACCAGGUUUUAUUGCUGUUGUCUCCGUCUUUUGUCUCAGUGCUGAUAAACCAAUAUUAUUAUUAUUAAACUUGCUUCUUGAAGAUUUAAUUGUAUAUUUUUAAGUGAAAUGUAGAUUUUUUUUUUAAAUGUCACAGCUGCCAGACCAAAUACUCACAGAUUGACCAAAAGCGAGCAUGUGCUUGGUCACCGCUGACUGACGCGUUAAGGCUACUGCAGUCAGAUCAGUCUUUGAGAUAAUCAGGAGCUCUUUUAUCACAACAAGUAGGGAAGCUUACACUGUGUGUACAACGAUCGAGGCCAACAUGCCACCGUGCUCGGACCUGUGGUGCUAAAUGCUAAUCCUUCUCUUUGAACACUUGAGGUAUUUGAUCGAAGACGACGUUUAUAACACAUAACCAUGUUCUAACCUGGGAACCUUUGUAUACUUUGUAUCUUUAUUCUCAUUUUGUAUUUUUUGUUGUUUUUUUUAAACUUGCCACUAUGGUUUUAUUUUUUUAAAGGGCACUGUGUUGCCUGUGCUUACUGUAUCUCAGCUUCAGCGUCAGACUUGAAUAUCGUCAUCAUCGUCGAGGUAUCGUGUGCUUAACGAAAGCAGCAUUUGUCACACCUGUUGAUCCCAGAGUUUAACUGAAAGCUGAUAUGACAAUCAUCCAGUCACACAGCAUCUACAAGAUGAGGAUCACGUAAUAAAGCGGCCAUCGCGGGACAUCCUGUGACAUCAUCUCUGAAAACCAAAGAUUUAUGACACCAAACGGCAGUCUGUAAAACUUAGAGUCCUUCCUAUUAUAUUGUAAACCUUUGUCCACUGACAUAAAUGGCAAUAAAGUAUUGUGGGUUAUAUUUUUAA